CGCAUUUCCAGACAACAGCAGCAUCAAACGCCAUCUCGACCACUCUACCAGUGUCGCAUCGCCUCAAACUCUUCAUCGAGCCGCAGAACACCCUCCAUCGAGCCUGCCAAAAGAGAGCAGCACCGCUUUGCGGGCAAGCGCGGAUUAGUCAGGUGGAAAGCAGCGACGACGACAGCGACAACGCGCUCAAAUCAGCUCGAGCACAAUCCAUAUCAGCUACACGACGUCUGUGGAACAGAAAACGCGUGCCAAAGCUCAGACAUCACGUCCAGAUACCAGUCUUGGCGGAUGGGUCUACACCUGGCCGCGGAGCAGAGACCGCUGCGCAACUGAGGCCGCGAGCGAGGCGCACAAGCAAAAUCACGAAGGCUAGAGGCAGACGGGGAGGUCACAUGGGAUAAAUAGCGGUCCGACAGGCAAGGUGGCUACCAUAGUGCUCAACCACGCCCACCCCACCCCGAGCAGGGUGCGCGGCCGUGGUGUUAACUACAAGGCUCACUUCGCCGCCGAGAAGAUGGAGCUGGACGAAGACGCCGACGCACCAGGUGAAGAGGAGGUUGAGGAGGACCAGGAGUUGGAAUACGAUGACGAGGCCGAUGCUGAAGGCGAGAUCGAAGAGGAAGAUCUGGGCUCCGAAGCUGAUGCCGAGGGCGAGAUCGAGGAUGACGACGAGGAAGGCGAAUUUGUGGGUGCUGUGAAGACACGAUCCAGUCGAACAAGGUCCCGACGCUCUCCAGAAGACGAAGACUCGGAAGGCUACGAGGGAAACCAGGAAAAUGACUCCGAUAGCGAGAGCUCUCAAGCGGACGAGGGCAGCUGGCAAGCUGCGGACGAUGCUGAGGAAGACGACGACGACACCAAGAUUGAAGGCGCCGACGCUAAUCGCUGCAUCUUUUGCAAGCAGACCGAGGAAAACGAUCCCGGUGAGGAAUUUGAGGAAUAUCUGGCGUGUGCAGUUUGCGGCGACAAUGCCCACCGGCAAUGUGCCAGAGAUGCAGGCUCGCUAGCUGCCGACCAAGAGGCUGCACAUUGGCGAUGUCAAGACUGCGUGGCCAAUGGCCUCGAGGAAGAUUUCAAAGAUGUGCCCCAGAUGCUCUCAAAUCGGCGGCGGUCGUCUGCGCCAAAGAUGGCCCGAGAUCUAUUGCCGCAAGCUCGCGGUGGCAUCAAGCCUGGAUCGCACUCGGUAUUUAACACUCUCAUACUGCCCGACGACGAGAUGGAUGGGUCGAGAUCGCUCAGGAAGCGCAAGACUCCCUCCGAAGACGUAGAUGAUGCUCUGCGCAGCAGCAACCGAAAGCGUCCGAAAACAACAACGCCCGAAGACGAGCGCAAGGACCACGUGCCCGAGAUCGUUGUAGAGCAGGCUGAAAGCGUCGACGACGACGAUGCCAAGGCGACAUCCAAGACGCGAUCUAGUCGACCCCAAAGGCAGAAGAAAGAUAACCUUGGAUGCCGGAUCGUUCAUCGCUCAGACGACCCCAAGAGUAUCAUCAUCUCCUUUCCAGUCACCGUGGCGCAAUUCGAGACGAUCGAGAAGGAUGUCUUGAAGAAGCAGAAACGUCGCGAGCGUGAUCGGGCACGACGAGCCCGCAAUAGUCGACGCACUGUUACUGCCGAGCCAGAGGACGGAUCCGGAAGUGUCUCGACGAUACCCAUCGUGCAGACGACCAUGUACAACAACCCAUUCUUUCCCUUCCAGGAUCGCAACGUGGACGAACAUCAAGGCAAGCCUUAUGGCGGGAUACUCACAGACGCAGAAGCCGAUACAAAAAAGACGUACCCGGACGACACCGAUCGAGCGGCUUUCCAGGCUGCGAGGGAGAAGGCUGACGAGGAAUGGAAGCAGAAGCUUGCACGACAGAACGGUGAAACGCCUGCACGACCCAAAAAGGCCACGCCCGCGAGCAAAAUCAAGUGCAUCAAUUUUGGACAGUACGAGAUUGACACGUGGCACGCUGCGCCAUAUCCAGAAGAGUACAGCCGCAAUGAGCAUCUCUACAUCUGCGAAUUCUGUCUGAAAUACAUGAAUUCGGACUAUGUCGCGUGGAGACAUAAACUGAAGUGCUCAGCGAGGCAUCCUCCAGGCGAUGAAAUUUACCGCGACAACAUCAUCAACCCAGACACAAAGCAAGAGACAACCCUUUCGUUCUUCGAGGUCGAUGGACGACGCAACCCGCUGUACUGUCAGAACCUCUGCUUGCUGGCCAAGCUCUUCCUGGGGUCGAAAACGCUCUACUACGACGUGGAACCCUUCCUGUUCUACAUCAUGACCGAGAACGACGAACACGGAUGUCAUUUCGUGGGCUACUUUUCAAAAGAGAAGCGCGGCAUGGGUGCACCUGCGGCUCCGAUUGAACCUAGGACGUCUUUCGAUGAGAACGCGCAGAGUGCUAUUGCUGCCGAUAACCAGGCAAGUCUGGAGGGCACAGCACAAGAUCCUGCACUGCAGAACCCAGGCAACAACGUGUCAUGUAUUCUGGUUCUGCCCGUACACAUGCGUCGCGGCUUUGGCAGAGUGCUCAUCGAGUUUUCUUACCUGCUGACACAAGUUGAGGGUCGAACUGGGUCACCGGAGAAGCCAUUAUCUGACAUGGGUCUGGUCUCCUACCGGUCCUACUGGCGCAAUGUUUUGUGCAAGCUGCUGCUUCGGUUUCGCGACAAAGAAGAAGAAACAAAUGCUGGCAAGCAGCUUACGGUUGUACAAAUUGCCAAGGAGACUGGGAUGACUCCUGAUGAUAUCGUCUCGACGCUCGAAGGACUUCGAGCAUUGGUACGGGAUCCUCAUACUGGAACGUACGCACUCCGGCUCGAUUACGAUUACAUGCAAGAGUAUGUCGACAAGCACGAGAAGAAGGCGACGAUCAAGAUUAAUCCACACAAUCUCUGCUGGACGCCGUACAUUAUGGGCAGGCCUACGAACUUGUUCGCCAUGGGCGAGGAGACGAAUCAGCCUAUCCAAACGGUAGCGUCCCGGGCAGAUGAAAAUGCAGAACUGCCUGCGCAGCCAGAAGAAGGCGUGAAACAGACUUUGAAAUCAGAGGAGACUGCUACUGAUGGCAGCCAGGCGAAUGGCGAUAUCGCCGUUGCGACCCCGACAACAGAACUCCCACCACCUGCGCUCAAUGAUCUGGAGGUCUCGCCCAAACAUCCCAAGAAGACGCCGCCUCCUCUCACGCUCACCCCUCAGACCUCUUUCCUCGUGGACAAACAGAAGAGCAAGGACAAAGACUCGCCCUCUCGCCGCUCCCCUCGCAAGACACCGAACGGGCAUACAACUACGAUGCACAUUCGUACAAAGUCUCAACAGCUCGCAUCCGGGGAAGCCACCCCCAAUUCCGACUCGACCGGCUCGCAACCCACUUCCGCAGGACCCAUCCCACCUUCUCGAUUCGAAGUCUUCCCUCCUAUUCCUGGCCAGCCGCAAACAGUCAAACGACGUGCGAAUCGUCCAUCGGCGCGACGAACAAGCUAUCGUAACGCGUAUGGCACUCCAGCUCGACGACGAAGACCGGACAAUAGGACCAAUGGAGAUAGCCCCUCCAGGCCUAGAGACCGUAAUCGAACGUCAUCGUCUACCAGAAGCAGAAGUAAGCCUGAGACCCCUGCUGCGGGACCCAGCAGUCUGCGGAGAGGUCGAAGUAAGCUAGGUGAUAUCGUCACGUUGGCAGAUGUGGAUCGCAUCACCGAGGAACAGGACAAGACUGCAAGCGAGAUGGCUGCUGGUGAUGAUGUUGCCGACGAUGAUGAGGCUGAUGCUCCUGGCGAGGAGGAAGAAGACGAUGAGGCAGACGCCCCGGGCGAGGAGGAAGAGGAGAUCAUGUACGAAUGAUGAUGACGGGUGCAAUUGCUAACGCUUGAUGCGAGUGCGAGAGUACCAAACGUCCGUUUUGUCGCGUUGAAGCGAGUCGGGGAAUUCUAUCUGUUUUUGGAGGUUCCGCCAGCCAGCGGACCAGCUUGUGUGUGUUUCUUUUGCGAGAAUGACGAUCGUGGGAUUUUGUCUACGGGUGGAACAGGAGUAGGGUCAUGUCGGAUGACCCUACGUACGAUUGGGAAAUGGGAGGAUGUGCUCGACAGCAGGAUUCUCGUGUCAGGAUUAGGAAAUCGGCCGGUCUCGGUCGCUGAUUGUAAUUAUACUUGUUCUUCUUCUUCCCAUCAUCAGAAAAGGGACAAUGAGAUACCCCGAAAAGGAUGGAUGCGUUAGAUAGCUCUCUGAGGUGGAGACUCAGGGCCCGAGUGCGUGUAUACUAUAUUGAGUAAUGGCAAUGAAGGAUCAGUUUGGAAUGACUGCUUUGGGAGUGUCUCUUGCUUUCCUGCAUUGUUUCGGGCCUUGUGCUAUGCCUGUUUGGGUAGCUAUCAUGAUGAUACGAGCGAGCUCAGCCGGUAUAUGGAGCCGGAAUAGAGAUGGUCAACGAUCAUCUGCUGUCUGUCGAUCGUUCUGAGGCAACGCGGUUGUGAUGUGCUAUGGCAAGACUGCCCAACAAUUUGAAGUCUCGGAAGGU